AUGUUCUGGCUUGAAGAAACAACUCCCACCAGACUCCCACCAGGCUCCUACCAGACUCCCACCAGACUCCUACCAGGCUCCUACCAGGCUCCUACCAGACUCCCACCAGACUCCCACCAGGCUCCUACCAGACUCCCACCAGACUCCCACCAGACUCCCACCAGACUCCCACCAGACUCCCACCAGGCUCCUACCAGACUCCCACCAGACUCCCACCAGACUUCUACCAGACUCCCACCAGACUCCCACCAGACUCCCACCAGACUCCCACCAGGCUCCCACCAGACUCCCACCAGACUCCCACCAGACUCCCACCAGACUCCCACCAGGCUCCCACCAGACUCCCACCAGACUCCUACCAGACUCCCACCAGACUCCUACCAGACUCCCACCAGACUCCCACCAGACUUCUACCAGACUCCCACCAGACUCCCACCAGACUCCCACCAGACUCCUACCAGACUCCCACCAGACUCCCACCAGACUUCUACCAGACUCCCACCAGACUCCCACCAGACUCCCACCAGGCUCCUUCCAGACUCCUACCAGACUCCCACCAGACUCCCACCAGACUUCUACCAGAUUCCCACCAGACUCCCACCAGACUCCCACCAGACUCCCACCAGGCUCCCACCAGACUCCCACCAGACUCCUACCAGACUCCCACCAGACUCCCACCAGACUCCCACCAGACUCCCACCAGACUCCUACCAGACUCCCACCAGACUCCCACCAGACUCCCACCAGACUCCCACCAGACUCCCACCAGACUCCUACCAGACUCCCACCAGACUCCCACCAGACUUCUACCAGACUCCCACCAGACUCCCACCAGACUUCCACCAGACUCCCACCAGGCUCCUACCAGACUCCCACCAGACUCCCACCAGACUUCUACCAGACUCCCACCAGACUCCCACCAGACUCCCACCAGGCUCCCACUAG